AUGCCUACUUCCACCAACUCUGCUACUCCCUCUGGAGGAGUUGAAGCGGAGAAAGCUCGUACUUAUGUCAAACCGAAGCCUUCUACUAAGGCAUCUUAUGGUGGGCCUAAGAAUGGACAUGGGUGCUCAGAAGAUACCACCACUACCACUCUCUUCCGUUUUACUAGCACCUACUCCGUCGUUGCUACUGCCGAUCAGGUUGUCAACGCUACCGACAUGCCUGCCAUGGGGGAGAAGAAUGCAACUGGAUAUUUCAACUAUGGAAUCAAUAGCCACGAAGAUGUUAUCUGCUAUAACAUCACCCUUCUAGGAGUUACUGGAGACUACCAGUCUCCGGCUUUCACUGCUACCCAUAUUCAUCAAGCCAUGAGUGGAAAGGCUGGGCCUCCUCGUAUUGCUUUUCCAAACCCCAUCGGGAAUGAUACACGUCGCAAUUCUGUAGGUUGCCUCAAGGGACCUUUCAGAACUGGAAUCAUCGCCAAUGGCUUCGAUACUGGCGAGGGUUUCUUCGUGCGUCAAAUUGAAGCUAAUCCAAUGGGUUUUUUCACCGAUGUUCAUACGAGGAACUUUCCUGCCGGAGCUUUGAGAGCUCAGCUUGAGAGGAAUCUGGAUGGAAGUAAAUAUAGUUGGUGA